AUGGCUACCAACGUGGCACUAGUGGGCAGUACUGGCCUCGUGGGCUCUCAGAUCUUGACAUCACUGGCCAACCUCCCCAAUGUGACCACAAUCCACGCCUUUUCACGCAAAGAGCUCUCUGGAGGACCCAAAGUUCAAGGCAUCACAUCUUCCGACUCAGAAGCAUGGCCGACACAAUAUCCGUCUGGAGCCCAGCUCUUCCUCUCGGCCCUAGGCACUACACGAGCACAAGCUGGAGGCUUCGAUAAGCAGCGAAGGAUCGACUAUGACCUCAACCUGGAUCUGGCAAAAGCAGCAAAGGCAGCUGGCACGAAGGCUUAUGUGCUUAUCUCUUCGAGCGGAGCGAAUAGUUCCUCGGCUUUGGGAGGGUAUAUGAAGAUGAAAGGCGAAUUGGAAGAUGCUAUCAAGGCACUGGAAUUCGACCAUAUGAUUAUAGUGCGGCCUGGGCUGCUGGUUGGCUCACGUAAUGAUACGCGGACUGCAGAGUUCGCUCUCCAGAAAGUGGCGUCUUUCAUGGGUUCUAUCAGUGGUAGCAAACUGAAGGACUUCUGGGCUCAAGAUGCCGACACCGUCGCCAGGGCUGCCAUCAAGGCUGGAAUGGAUGCUUUGGAAGGGAAGCAAGCCGAGAAGGUCAGAGUGUUGUCUCAGUCCGACAUUAUCAGGCUGGGCAGGAUGGAGGGGAAACAAUAG